AUGCGGAGAUGGACGCCGAGUAACGGGGUGUCCGCGUGCCGCUGGGUGUGCGCGCUCUCCGCGCUGGCGGCCGUGCUGGUCAGCGCGCCGACAGCCAGCUGCCUCGGCGCGUGCAGCGCGCACGGACUCGCCAGCUUCUCCAAAGCCGCGCCGGCGGCCGCUGCUCGGCACGCGCGCAGCUACAGCCACCUCCAGGGAGACGUGCGGCGACGGAAACUCUAUUCGUAUCAGAAAUUCUUCCUGAGGAUCGACAAAUCCGGGAGAGUGAACGGCACGAAGAGCAAAGAUGAUCCGUACAGUGUUCUGGAGAUCACGUCUGUGGAUGUGGGAGUGGUAGCGAUCCGAGGUUUGAGCAGUAAUUACUAUCUGGCCAUCAGUAAGAAAGGAAAGGUUUACGGCGAGAGAGACUACACCAUAAACUGCCAGCUGAAAGAGCGUAUCGAGGAGAAUGGCUACAAUACGUACGCGUCAGCGCGCUGGAGGAACCGUCGCAGACACGUGUUCUUGGGUCUGAGUGCUAGCGGCAGGGCCCUCCACGCCAGAAAGACCCGCAGGAAGAACACGGCCACCCACUUCCUGCCCAUCCUGGUGUGAGUGGGAGACCCUGUCAGCCAAGCCCUGCCCACUCUGGAGUAUCUAUGCAGGUCUGACAGGGACUCAGUGGAUUAAGUUGUAUGACAGAGCUGCAAGUCUCUAAGAUCACCAGACCAAACGUGUUCUUGCCUAGAUAUGACUGAUGUGAGUAGUAACUCACUGCAUAGUUUAACGCCAGUAAAGUGUCUUUAAUGUCUAAGCAUUGUUCUGUGAGGGAACGAGGGUUAAGAUGAAUAUUUCAGACUAUUAGCCAGGACUCACCAAGGUCUAAUAACCAGCUGUUUGAUCCGAUGACAUCAGCCACUUGCAGGUGCCUAGUCUGUUGAAUGGCCCCGCCCCCCCAGGUGAAAUGCAAUUACGAAGCCGUAAGGUAGAAGUACACCAGGAACACUUCCUGUUCUCUGCAACUCUUCUUCUUGCUAGAGCAGCUGGACCCAUGUGUGGACAUGUGUUUAUUCGUUUUCUGUUUGUGUGUGCGUUUGUACUUUACUGUGAAGUAUGUCAGUUAUACUAUUGCAUUACAUGUUGGGGAAAGGAACAUGUUUCAAACCGAUGCCCUAAGAAUUUCAUUACUACGGGCUGAGAACUUUACCUUCACUAAACAGCCAGUAGGAGUUUUUGAAGGUGCCUGUGUGCUGAUGGACAUGCAAGCAGGGCCC